UUCGCACACUGGCAAAACCAGAUGACUGUGACGUCGUGUCUGUUUUGACUGUUGCAACCGGUUGAUGUCUCAUUUUGUUUCGUAGUGUGAUUGAAGGGAAAAAAAUCGUGCAUUUUUUUUUUGUGUUUAGUUUGCGUUGCAAUGAAGCUUAUAGUGAUCGGAAUAUCUGGGAUAACCGGCGGUGGAAAGACAACGCUGUCUACACGUCUGUACGAAUUUUUGAAUAAUCCACAAAAUUCAAAUGUGUACAAUGGCUUUCGCAUCAACCAAGUGGUUUUGAUGCAUCAAGAUAAAUACUUUUACACACGUGAUAGUCCGCACCACAAAUGGAUACCCGAAAUCAAUUUCAUCAAUCGAGAAAUCCUCUCAGCUAUGGAUAUGGAUAAAUUUGCCGAAGAUGUUAGUGAAACUGUGCGAAAAUUGAAAGCUGAUGACACUCCAAAGGAAAACUCCAUCCUAAAUCAAGACAACAAUGGUUCACAAAUCGAUGUGAACAUCCUGAUAAUUGAAGGAUUUCUCAUUUACAACGAUGCACGUAUUAGUCAGUUCUGUCAGUUGCGAUUCCAUAUUUAUCUAUCUUACGAUGUGGGCCUACAACGACGCCUCAUUCGCCCUUUCAAACACAUUAAUCCGAAACCAGAAUGGUAUUAUGAACAUUACAUUUGGCCCAUGUACCACAAACAUCUCAACGAAGUGCCAAAUAAAGCCGAAUUGGUGUUUCUGAACGGUGAACAACAUGUUGAUGAUAUUUUUAAUGAAGCCAACGAUUUUAUUACCAAAUUUCUUAUACAAUAACUAUCAAAAUGGAGUGGAAUAUAGCAUUUUGACGCGUUUGAACCAAUAAAUUUUAGCCAAAUACUCGAACAUAAAAUAAUUUGUCGUGUUUGAGAAAUUAUAUCAAAUAAAAGCCGAACGCAUUAUUGUCAAAAUGAUUUGUUUGUUUUCAUUCUCUUGACGGAUCUUUCGUUAACGUUGAACGAUUUUUGUUUGGUGACAGGUUUGCUUUUUCGUUUUCAACAAAAAGACUACACGUGAGUUUUCCCUAUUGACAAAAAUUGUUUUGAUGCUUCAAUCAAAGUGGAUGUAAACGGCUUGUGUUGUGGUUAU